CUCGCGUUUCGUGCAAACCUGCUUGUCUUGCCGCAUUAAUAGCACAAGUUGCAAAGAAGCUGCAGUUUCAUAGCCGCACUCCCAGCACCUGUCACAAAUCACGCUAUCGCAGCGAUGGCAAGCAUGAAUGCAGCCGUCCUCCUGCCCGGCGUCCUGACGGCCGCGAGCCUGGCGGCGCCCUGCUUUUUAGGCUUAUUGAAGCUCCUGAACGAGGCCUACGCGGGCGGCGCGCCGCUCCCGGCCGUGCUCAAGGCGUUGGGCGCCGCGAGCCUCUUCGCGGGCCACUGCAGCCUCUCGUUCAAGAAGCCGGCGCUCGCGCGCGGGGACAAGUGCUACCUCGCCGGCGUCACCUGCCUCUUCGCGCUCUUCGCCGGCGGCUGCAUAGGGGUCAAGGUGCCGAUUACCGUAGCCGCGCUCGCGGGCCUGAGCCUGGGCGUCACGUUCGCCGACCUGGCCGCGGGCUGCACGCGGCAGACGCGGCUGGUCCUUAGAAUUGCCAUCGCCACGGGCUGCUGCGGCUGCGCGACUCUUGUGGUUGUAGGGGCGACGGGCAGGGGUGCCCUGGCGCAGGUGGCUUCCGUGUGCUUCCUCGUGGCCAAUUCGCUUGUGUUGGUGGCGAUGCACGCGGCCCCGAUCCAGUCGCGCCAGGGCCAGGCCCUGAAGGUGAUCGGCUCGGCGUGCUUGUUCUCGGGCAACGCGAUCGGCCUCGGCUGGCACGAGGCGCCGCCCGCGGGCAUGAUCGGCGGGAGCAUGGCCGAGGCGCUGCACGGGCUUGGUGGCUUGUCGCAGGUCGUUUUGGUAGGUGGCGGGUUGCUCGUCGCGUACGCCGCGGCGGUCGUCGCGGCGGCCGAGCCGAAGGCGAAGCGCGGGUGAUUAGUCGCUCGUGGCGCACGCGGCCGCCGUCGUGCCGCGGCGGAGGUGAGGAGUCUUCGCUUUCUAUUCCCGCCCGCUUACGCUUCUCUUACAUAUUAAUUGCAUUUAAGACCAGG